UCUAAUAACAUUUAUUAAAAUUAACAAACACAAUAUUUUUAGUAGUUUUUUUUUUCUGUAAUAUUUCAUCCUUCGAAGAAUCAUUUUAGUGGAAAGUGGUGGUUGUGAGAAAAUUAAUUUUAUGUAAUCAAGUGAAUUUUUGUUUGUUUGUGAAAAUGUUGGAUACAAUAAUGUGUUUAUUUUUUGGAUUUUUAUUCUUAAUUUCGAAUGUGUAUUCGGCACCGAAUAAUCAUAACAAUGAAUUAUGUAAUAUUUGUGAAUGUACGCCUGUGAAAGAUCCUAUUUUUGUGAUAUGUAAUUCAAAAUUUGAAGCAUUAACAGUAAGUGGCGGAAGAUUAUCAAAUUUGCAUCGGAUUCGAGAGAUAACAUUCAACAAUUUCAAAACAUUAAGCUUCGAACGAAAUGCAUUUAGUCCAAUCAAUUCUCUACAAUCAUUAAUAAUUAGCAACAGUAAACAAGUUGUAAUUCCAGCUGGCUCAUUAACAUCCGGAAAAACGAUCAACAUAACCAAUGUCACUGAUUUAAUGUUAACAUCGAACGCGUCCAUGUCCCUACACAACUUAGAAAAUUUAUAUUUAACAAAUGUUAACAUUACAAAUUUACCCGAACAUGCAAUCUACGAUUUAUACGAUUUAAAAACUGUUAUUAUCGAUAACGUAUUUAUAAAACGUGUCGAAUCGCGAGCAAUCGAUAUCACAAUGGAUGAACGAAACAGUAAAAUAUUAAUAAUUAAUACAGUUAUUAACAAUGUCGAACGUUCUGGAAUCAAUUUGGAAUCGUAUGAGAUUCAUGUUGAUAACACACAAUUUCAUUCGGUGAAAGAAGCUGGAAUUGCGUUGGAUUCGAAACAUUACAUAAAUAUUCGAGAGUGCAUUUUCAAUAAAUUACAACCCGAAUUUAUCACGAUAAACGCACCGAAUAUAAGCUUCGUAAAUAAUACAUUUAGGAGUUCAGAUAUCUCGCUAUAUCGAGGUUUCCUUUUCGAGCAUGAUAACAUUAAUACAACAACAAUCAAAUUCGAAAAUAAUAUUGUUGAAGAUUUAUCGAUAUUUGAAAUGUUUCGACAAUCAUCGACUGUGAAUGUAUCGAAUAAUGUCGUACAUUCGAAUAUUAACGAUAAUAAAAUUUUGUACUGUGCUUGUGAAAAUCACAAUUUUGAAGAAUUAUUGAAAAAUUCUGAACAUGAAAAUAGUUUUAAAAAUAAUUAUUGUGUCGGAAUCUGUGAGGUUACGAUUUACAGUUUUUUAAAGGAUAAACGUAAUUUAUGUAAGAAAUAUUCAAAUCCACAAGGAUAUAUUGAUGUGGAAAGAUUAUGUUUUAAACAAGAAAAUUCAUCGGAAAAUCCAGAUAAUAUAAUAUAUGAUAUUGUUUCAACGACGGAAUGGGUGAAUGGAUCUGAUUUCAAUACAACGGAAUCAAUAUUUGAAACAAAAUCAACAAGUGGGUGUACGAUCUAUAAUAUUAGCUUAAAUCUAAGCUUAUUUUAUUUAUUUUUGGGUAUUAUUUAUAAGUUUUAAAAUGUUUCUAUUGUUAGAUUAUUUUAUGUAAAAAAGGUACUGAUUUGAAAAACCAAAAAUAUUCCAAAUAUAUAAAUUAAAAUGUUACCACCAUAAAUGCGUUUCAAAAAGUUGAAAGUAAUAAGGUUUUAUUUUCCCGAUAAGAGGUAAAACUUGGGAAAGGUUGCGAUAUUAUUAAUUGUGUUUUGGCUGAAAA